UCUUCUGUUCUGAGGCAAACUGACAAAAACCCCAUUUCUCGUUACUCCUCAUUCAUCUCUCUCUCAGUCUCUCUCUUAUUAAUUUAACUUUUCCACACCCAAUCCAUCGAAGGACUCGCCCAUUUUUUCACUCUUUUUCCCUCCCUCGGGCCCCAAAAUCCAAAACCAGCCCUUGAUUCUGUCCAUCUCGUAUUUACAUUUUGUAUCCAUCGCCCUUUUCCUUUGAUUUUCCGCCCCCUCAAAAGUCUCUCUCUCCCACAAAAGACAACCCUCGUUUCAUGGCAGCAUCGGCUCAUCUAAAAACCCAAACGCAGCAGCCGAAGCCCAAACGUCGCAAGCGCCGCGAGACUACCAUUUCCACCUCCGCCUCUUCGGAUAAGCGCGACCCCCCAACCGUCGUGUCUACUGAAAGUGCGUGGUGCUGCGCCGUUUCCGCCCCUUCAAAACCCUCCCCUCCUCCUCCUCCUCCUCCUCCUCCCCCUCCUCCGACCCGAACCCGCACGCCUGCCCUACCCGAAUCCGAACCUGUAUCCGUCACCGUCACUGUCAACUCCCCAUCGCCGUCACCUUUCACGAUCAGAGUCUCCCCCGGUAGGAUCUCUCCUGUCAUGGACUCCACCUCAUCUUCUUCUGCUUACGCUCCGUAUCCCGCGAGCUACACGAAAUUUAACACCGCCCUCAACGCUGGGCUCUUGAAUCCCAUGUCGCCGCCGCCUCCGGUGCCGCUCGACAAGACUCGAUCGAGCCCGACCCUAUUCGAGAUGAUGGCCAACGAGCAGGACUGCCACCUCAGGAACCCAAUUCCGUCGGCGGCUGCUCAUCCCCCCGCCGGAAGGACGCCUGCCUCGACGCAGGACAAGCAGCUGCUGCUGCAGGAGCGGGUGGUGGAGAUCUUGGGCAGCUGCAGCCCUGGGAACCAGUUCAAUGACCCUGUGUCGAGCGACGUCAGGCUCACCCUCAGCUCCAAGGACGGGCUGACCGUGUCGUUGAAUGUCCACCGUCCGAUCCUCACGGCCCACAGCCGGUCCUUCGCCACCAGGCUCAAGCAGCAGCGGACGCCAUUGCCGUAUCCUAUCGAGAUCCCCGACUGUGAUGACAUUGAGGUCUAUAUGGAGACGCUGAGGCUCAUGUACUGUAAGGACAUUCGGAAGCGGCUCAUGAAAGAAGAUGUCCCCAAAGUCCUCGCCAUUUUGAAGGUUUCUGCUGCCAUUGGAUUCGAUGCUGGGGUUUUGUCGUGUUUGGAGUAUUUGGAAGCGGCUCCUUGGGCGGAAGAUGAGGAGGAGAAGGUUGCUGCACUGCUCUCACAACUGCAUCUCGAGAGUGCUGGAGAAGUCCUGAAGAGGGUCUCUGUGGAAGUCCCUGUUGCUGAAGAAGGCAAUGAGGAAGUCCUGCUACGGCUUUUACAGGUGGUUCUGCAGGGGAAAGAUGAGAAGGCCAGGCGAGAUAUGAAAGGGCUGGUUUCGAAAAUGCUGAGAGAAAAUGCCUCUGCUCAGAGUGAUCUGAGCAAGGAGUCUCUGUAUUCUGCGUGCGAUGGGUGUCUAGGACUGCUCAGGUCGAAUUUCCUUGCGGUUGCUAAUGAGGCUGUUGGUUUUGGUGAUGUGGGUCAGAUUGCCCGGCAAGCAGACAAUUUGCACUGGAUUCUGGAUAUUAUGAUUGACCGUCAAAUUGCAGAUGAGUUCUUGAAGUCAUGGGCAGGCCAGGCCGAGCUCUCGGAAGUGCAUUCAAAGGUCCCGGCAAUUCAACGGUACGAAGUGAGCAGGGUGACCGCCCGUCUAUUUGUCGGGAUUGGGAAAGGGCAGAUCUUGGUGUCGAAGGAGAUCAGGUGCUUGCUGCUGCGGACGUGGUUGGAGCCAUUCUAUGAUGAUUUUGGGUGGAUGAGGAGGGCCUGCAAGGGGCUUGACCGCCACCUGAUUGAGGAUGGCCUCAGCAAUACAAUCCUCACACUGCCACUCUCUUGGCAGCAAGAUAUUUUACUCUCCUGGUUCGACCGGUUCUUGAAUUCGGGCGAGGAUUGCCCCAACAUACAGCGGGCGUUUGAAGUGUGGUGGAGGAGGGCUUUUUGGAGGAGGAGCGGUGAAGCUGAACUGCCCCGGCAGCUUCGGAUUGUUACCACUUGCGAGAAUUCUUGAUUAUUUGGAAGAGAAUGGGGAGAGAGGGAGAACUGAUUUGAGUCCCUGUAGAGGGUUGAUUCUUGGGAAGCUGAGAGAGUGGAAUUGAUAUUCUUUUUCUCCUUUUGGGUUAUUUCUGAUGAUGAAAACAGCACUUGGAGAUGCAUUUGUUGCAGGAAAUAGAAUUUCUUUACUAGUAGUUGUAGAGAAAGAGGUUAUGUGACCUGGGUCUGGCUUUGCAGAAAGGAGCUUUGGAUGCAUCUUCUUUCUAUGGAAUUGUCAUUACAAUUUCAACUGUUCUUGUUUUCUCUCCUUGAUUUAGAAGUUCAAGGAUGCUGAUCAAUGGUUAUUAGAUGAUGAUCUCCUUGAUAUGAGGAAUGAUACGGUUACGUCUGUACAAGAACAGACUGAAAUUGAAUAGAUGCCUGCUCAUCAAUGCCGUAUAAUGUCGUGUGCUUUGCUUCAUGCGGGUCUGCCACAGAGAUGCUCUGAUCAUAUCACACUAUAGAAGGCUGUUACUGUUGUCCAAAAGAUUUGUUUGACUGUGAGUGAGGAAAAGCUUCAUAAUCGCAAGGACCGAUCGAUUCCAGCCUUAUGAUCAAUGUAUCUUUGAACUUUAAAGGUGA